AUGAGGCUCUCCUGGGUUCCUCUCCUCUCUCUCCCUCCUCCUCUCUCUCCUCCUCCUCUCUCUCCUCCUCCUCCUCCUCCUCUCUCUCUCUCUCUCCCCUCCUCUCUCUCUCCCCUCCUCUCUCUCUCUCUCUCUCUCUCUCCUCCUCUCUCUCUCCUCCUCUCUCUCUCCCUCCUCUCUCUCUCCCCUCCUCCUCUCUCUCCCUCCUCCUCUCCUCCUCCUCUCUCCCUCCUCCUCUCUCUCUCCCUCCUCCUCCUCUCUCUCUCUCCUCCUCCCCUCUCCUCUCUCUCCCUCCCUCCCCCCCUCUCUCUCCCUCCUCCUCUCCUCUCUCUCUCCCUCCUCCUCUCCUCCUCCUCUCUCCCUCCUUCUCUCCUCCUCUCUCCUCCUUCCUCCUCCUCUCUCCCUCCUCUCCUCCUCUCUCUCUCUCUCUCUCUCUCCUCUCUCUCUCUCUCCUCUCUCUCUCUCCCUCCUCCUCCUAUCUCUACUUUGAUCUAUUGA